ACAGGCCAGGCGCAAUGCUCUCAACAGUAGCUGGCUAGCUAGUGAGCUACCAUUCAUCGAUAGGCAGAACCAGCAUUAUUGUGCUUAGCCAAAAUCUGAUCAUUUUUCUCAACCAAAACGUGGUUAUACUUAAAAAAAACAAGGCGUAGGUUUUUCCGGAUCUAGGUUAUUAUUCGGAUAACGUUAAGCAAACGAGUUAGCCUAGCCUGUUGGAAACUACCUGGCUUGGAGUCGCUACAUACCUUAGCACACCAGUGGCUGCUCGCUCGGUGUAACCGAACCUGCCGCCAAAUAUCCCUCUGACAUUACUGGGACGCCGAAAAAGCACCGUUACGGACUCCGAUCUGCAGAAUGGCGAGGCCUUCGAGGAAUAAGAGGGUAGUUGAUUAUGCCCAGUUUCAAGAGUCUGAUGAUGCUGAUGAGGAAUAUGAAGGGAAUUCCGACAGACCCAAGAAGGCAGUGAAACAGAGUGAUGAGUCUCGAAUUAAAGACCAUAAGAAGGAUUUAAGUGAUGAUGAUAAUGACUACGGGGAGGAAGAAGAGGAUGACGAUGGUGGCGACAGUGACUAUGAGACUAAAAAGACCAGCAAAGGGAGGCAAGUGACUGCUAAAAGGAAAAGAGCUGCAGAUGACAGCGAUGAUGAUGAUAAGGUUGUGAGGAAGAAGGGCCGGCAGGUGCGACAGGCUGCUAGUAAAGCAGCCUCCAAACAGAGGGAGAUUCUUCUCGGGGAUGGAGGCAGUGAAGAAGAGGAGGGGGAAGAAGAGGAAGAUGAAGAAGACAGUGAUGUUUAUACAGGAGAGGAUUCAGGUAGCGAUGAAGAUUUUAUGGUGGAGGAUGAUGACGAUGACAGCGACUACGGGCGGCCCAAGAGGAGGAACUCAAAGGUCAGCAGGAGGAGCAAAGACACAAAGUCCCCCAAAUCCAGAAUAAGAACUUCAGUGAGCAGGGGGCCAAAAAAGAAGAGAGGAAAGCGUCAAACUAAGGCAAAGAAGGUUGUAUCCAAAAAAGUCAUCCCUAAAGAUGAGGAUGAAGACAUCGAAAGCCCCAAAGAGGGAGAGGAAGAAGAGGAGAAGGACAAGCAAGACAAGAAGAAAGCCGAGAAGAAAAAAUCACCCCCAGCUGAGAAAGCCGAGGAAAGCGGCGGAGAAGGGGAGGACAACGACGGCGAGGAGAAAGAGGGACGAGAGAGCGAGAAGGAGAAAGAGGAAAAGGACGAUGCCUCUGAGGAGGAUGCUCCAUCAGGCGAAGACUGAUUGUCUUCUUUCUGAUGGCAGUAAAAUUGUUUUACCGGUUUUCUUUCUUUUUGUUUUGUUUUUUUUCUUAUUGUGGAACAGUGGAGUUUACUUUUCACACUGCUCCAGGUGUUUUGGAUGUUUGUUUAUUGCUUUCAUCCUGUAAAUACAAUAUUUCAAAUGAACUCUCUGUGAAGUAUCAUCCACACUAUUUGCAAACAGUAUCGCCGAAAGUACCUGCACAACUUUCUCUAUCGCCAGCUUACAGUAAUAUAUAUUAGUAUUGAACGUUGGGGAUGCUUUUUUUUUUUUUUUUUUGCUAAUUUGAUCCGUAGUCAAUUACAAUUAAAGAAAGUGCUGGUACAUUUAUUGCACCGUCAAUAUGCCCUCGAAAACUCACAUUGAUUUUAUGGAUCGAUUUGGUUAAAGCUUCAACAUUACAACCUUUCAAAAUAUGUAGUUACAGAUAUAAACAUUAGAUCAAUGAUUUGGUUUAAUGUUUUAUUCUUUGACUUUCAGGGGGUGGGGGGUGGGGGGUUGCUGGUUCACCACAUAAGCCAAAGCUCAUGAUCUCGUUCUGUUCAGUGCUUUUCUUCACAGUGGGCAGGUUCGUCUUUGUUAAGUGAAUGUGUUCGAUUUUGGUUAUCAAGCUAUGGAUUUGUAGAUCGCCAUCAAUAGCCGUUCAGUUCCAACACGUUACACGAACACGAAGCGUUUCAUCGCCUUCAGCCAGAUCACCGCUUUCUCCGCCCUUCGUUUUUAAUGCGGGCUUUACUUAGCAAGUUAUGUGUAAACAAAAAUCUUGCCUCCUCCCUCACCGCACACCCUAAGGUUUCUAAUUUUCUUUUUCUUUUUUAAUAUAAAGAAAUUGUAUCUUUUCGGUUUCGAAUGUUUUGAAUUUCGAAACCGCUUUGAGUCUUUUUUUCAGACUUUUGUGUGCUGGAAAUGAGUAGAAAUGUUCUACAUCACCCUGUACAUUUUCUAACAAUUCUAAAAAGAAUUACAAUAACAUUAAAAAAUUUUUAAAAUAAUGCUUUUAAAGCCGUUUUGCUUUCAACAUUUUCGCAGCUUAAACGUAGCCUAUAAUUGCAUCGUAGUUCCGCAGUUCAUGGAGUGGCAUUACAUGUGUCGUGAGUUAUGUUUAGAUGGUGUGACAGGAAAGGUAGAGUGUACGACGAUUUGGGUGUAUGAAUGUCAAGACUGUCAGAUGCGAGCUAGUAACAACCUUAUUGACUUUGUGAUGCUUCACAUGUGUAUUUUUUAAGUAUUUUGAUGCUUCUAGAUGCCUUUCAGAUAAAUUAUCUGUGGAGCCAGUUGGGUGGUGAAGCAGAAUAUAAUUCAGCUCACACCAUUCUGAGCUUUCUCUGCUUCUUUUGUCUAUUUCCAUGACUUCUAUCUUUGUCCACUUAUGUAGCCUUUCAAUCUAUGAUAAUUUAUCUAAAAUAAAACUAAACAAACAAAAAAAAAAACAGUUUUAAUUGAGCUGAUCUGAUUUUUGGAAUAUUUGUUUUACAAGGAAAAAUAAAAUGUAUCUUGCCUUUAAA